AUGGAGGAAUUCCUCAAGCUCCUGUUCUCCAACCACUCCAAAUUCAACCACACCUCGUGGGGAAACUUCAACUGCCCCGGCUCGAUCGGGGGAACCACCUUCCUUGUGGUGGCUUACAGCGCCAUCAUGGCCAUGGGUCUGAUUGGCAACGUCUGUCUAGUCUACGUCAUCACCAGGCAGAAGGAGAUGCACAAUGUCACCAACGUCCUCAUCGCCAACCUCUCCUGCUCGGACAUCGUCAUGUGUGCCAUCUGCCUGCCCGUCACCCUCAUUUACACCCUGAUGGACCAUUGGAUAUUGGGAGCGGCUCUCUGUAAACUCACUCCAUUUGUGCAGUGCAUGUCGGUGACAGUCUCCAUCUCAUGCCUGGUCCUCAUCGCCUUGGAGAGACACCAACUGAUCAUCAACCCGACCGGCUGGAAGCCAGUUGUUGGUCAUGCCUACCUGGCGGUGGCCGUGACUUGGAUCGUGGGCUGUUUUAUCUCUUUGCCUUUCAUGUCCUUCAACAUCUUGACAGACGGUCCUUACAAGAACAUCUCCCUGGCCUUGGACACUUUUGCCGACCACUUUGCCUGCAUCGAGUACUGGCCUUCCGAGAGCCAGAGACUGGCCUACACGACCUGUCUCCUCUUGUUUCAGUACUGCCUCCCUCUGCUCCUGAUCUUCGUCUGUUACUUCAGGAUCUUCCUGUGCCUCAGGAGACGGAGAGACAUGGUGGAGCGACCAAAGGAUGCCAACCACAGGCUCAGUCACAGUAAGAAGAUCAACAUCAUGUUGCUGUGCAUCGUGGCUGCCUUCGCUGUGUGCUGGCUGCCUUUGAUGGUCUUCAACACCAUCUUCGACUGGAACCAUCAGGCCAUCUCCGUGUGCCUCCACAACAUGAUCUUCUCCCUGUCCCACCUGACAGCCAUGUUCUCCACCUGUGUCAACCCCGUCAUGUACGGCUUCCUCAACCACAACUUCCAGAAGGAGAUGAAGCUAUUGAUCUACAGGUGCAGGUGCAGAAGGGACAGGGAGAAGUACGAGACCUUCCCAUUGUCUACGGUCAACACAGAGAUGUCGAAAGCCUCCCUGCAUCUCAACUGUGCCAAUAGGAAUGCUUAG